CCUGGGAUAGAUGAGAAAAGAAAGGGUUCUCGCUUCUCAUCCGUGCUUCUGGAAAUUGUCAAUUCAGCCAUCCAUCUGCACGUGCUAGAAGUCGUAUCUCAAGCCGGAAUACCAGAUCAACACUUCGAGUGCCUUUCACCAUGGGCGCCAAUAUGUUCAAGUUUUUCAAGUCUGGGUUCUUCGACUUCGAAUUCCUCAGAGUUCUUGGAUCAACUCCUUUCCAAGGCGCUGAAAUCGCAGAAUGCCUCGAUGCAAGAACGAAAUUGAAGGAUGAUGAUCCAGAGGCGUGGUACAGGACAUGGGAUGCUUGGGGCGAUCAAGCAUCAAAGCUGGGAGAAGAGGCACUUGCCACCGGGGACAGAGUUUCUGCGAGAUGGGCUUUCUUCAGAGCAUCGAACUAUUACCGUUCCAGCGAAUUCUUCUUGCACAUCAACAACGAAGAUCCUCGCCUCCUGCAUUCGAUCCAAAAGAGCGCAUACGCUCACGACAGAGCAUGCGCGCUUCUCGACUCCGAAGUUAUCUCAUUCAACAUCCCAUACGAUAAUGGUCUCGAGCUUCCAGCACGAUUGUACAUGCCAGCACCCGAUGCUCGUGUGCCUGGACGCGUGCCUAUAAUCUUGCAAACUGGUGGACUGGACUCUACCGCUGAAGAGCUGUACUUCUACGGUGCUUCAGGAGCGACUCCUCGAGGAUACGCAGUUUUGAGCUUCGACGGUCCAGGUCAGGGACUGUCCAUCCGACGAGACAAGACUACUCUUCGCCCAGAUUGGGAGUACGUGACGAGCCGAGUUCUUAACUACCUCUUCGAUGUGUUCGAGCCAAAAUACGAGCGAUUGGGGCUUGACUUGGACCGUAUUGCAGUGCUUGGAGCAAGUUUGGGAGGAUACUUCGCUCUCCGUGCAGCUUGCGAUCUUCGAAUCAAGGCAGCCAUCUCCUGCGAUGGCUUUUACAACAUGUUCGAUAUUGUCAGCAGCCGAAUGCCACAAUUCUUCAUUAAUGGAUGGUUGAGCGGCUCGAUCAGCGACGGCUGGUUCAACAGCGUCUGCCGAUUCCUCGCCAAGUACAACUUCCAGCUCAAAUGGGAAUUUGCGCAGAACGAAUGGUGCUACGGAGUCAAGAACCCGGCCGAGAUGAUGCGAUUCAUGCAGACCAUGACUCUGAAAUCUCAGACGGGAGCUGAGUACUUGGACAGAGUUCGAUGCCCAGUCUUUGUAACUGGUGCCGAGCAAGCCAUCUACUUCGAGCCUGAGAUGAAUGCACGGAAGAUCAUGACAAAGCUCGGCCACCUGGAUGAGGCUGACAAGACGCUGUUCGUUGGUGACGGAGCCGCUCACGGCGGUCUGCAGGCCAAGAUUGGAUGCCUGAGCAUCAUGAACCAGAAGCAGUUCGAGUUCUUGGACCGACAAUUCGGAAUUGAGCGAUCAGUGCCUUGCAAGCACAUCUGAUGGAAUAAUUGGGCGGCAUGGUAUCGCAGAGUGGAGUGAAAAGAUGAGAUGAUGGAGUUGAGAGAAGAUUGAAGGAACGCGCUGACAACGCGCCGAAUGUUUUGGAUGUUGCCGUCUAUCGCUUAUCUUAGUGCGGCUAUUUUUGGAUGCAUAUAAUUACACUUAUUCUACAUGUAACGAGUCUCUUUUGGAGUUGGCAGAUUGGUUAGGAG